GAGAGAAAGGAGAGGGGAGGUAAGGAGGGCAGGAGAAAAAGACUACGCCUGAGAGCUGUGAGGCAGAAGUGAUGGACUCAGCACUCAGAAAGUGACAUUCUUCUCCUACCGGGCUACAGAGAGCACAGUGACCUCUCACUGUCUCCUGCUUUCUCACUGCCUGUGAGGAAUCUACACAUUACAUUUAAAAACAAAUGUGGAUUUAAUGUAUUUAGUCUUUUCAAGUGGAUUUUUUCAUCUUUGCUCAAUGCCUUCAGUACAAAGGACAUCUUCCCGACAAGUGCAGCUCCUGAUUCUAUAAUGAAGGUGUUUUAAUAACAGGCUUCAAACCACAGUCCACUUUUAAGUGACAGGACGGAUGCAGGUGACAAAGAACAAGUGAUCUAGAGAGAGGACAGCCCCAAACAGCUUUCACACAGACCGGUGAUGACUUUCUUCAAGGGGACACUUCAAUCAGUGUUGCCAGAACGGCAAGGGAACUGAAGGAAUAACAAGCUAGAGUUGACAAUUAUCUGCUUAAGGUGUGUGUGAGUGAGAGCCCUUCCCAGACUGAUGGAGCUCCCUGCAGUGGUGCUGCUGUUCCUGGUGUAUGGUCUGGUGUCUGGAGCCCAGCAGCCCCAGGGCCAGGGGAACCGCCAGGAGAGCAACCCCCAGGCCAGGAGCCAGGGCAGAACCUCAUCCCAGGAGUUUGAGAGCAGUGAGGAUGGUCUGGAGAGAGAGUUCCUGUAUUCUGGGCGGAGGAGCAGACGGGCCCUCGCCGACUCCCAGCAGCCUGACAGGUGUUCAUACACCUUUAUCGUUCCCCAGCAGAAGGUGACAGGGGCCAUCUGUGUGAACCGCAAGGAGCCGGAAGCAGUGCUGGAGAACCGCGUCAACAAGCAGGAGCUGGAGCUGCUGAACGGGGAGCUGCAGAAGCAGAAGAGGCAGAUCGAGACGCUGCAGCAGCUGGUUGAGGUGGACGGAGGCAUUGUCAACGAGGUCAAGCUGCUGAGGAAGGAGAGCAGGAACAUGAAUUCCAGGGUGACCCAGCUCUACAUGCAGCUGCUUCACGAGAUCAUCAGGAAGAGGGACAACUCCCUGGAGCUGUCCCAGAUGGAGAACCGCAUCCUCAACCAGACCUCGGAGAUGCAACAGCUCACUAACCGCUACAAGGACCUGGAGCACAAGUACCAGCACCUGACCUCUCUGGCCAACAACCAGUCGGUCCUCAUCGCCCUGCUGGAGGAGCAGUGUCAGGGUCAGCCGGUCAGCCUCCCUCGCCCAGUCCCUGUACCCCAGCCCAGGCCUCAGCCCCCACCCGCACCAUCACCACCCAUCAACAAGCCCUACCAACCUCCCACCUACCCACGCCUCACCAACCAGAUAAACAACGAGAUUCAGAGUGACCAGAAGUCUGUGCUGCCUGUCCUUCCUACCAUGCCCAGUGGCACAGGCAGCCCUUCUACCACCAACAAACCCUCUGGGCCAUGGAAGGACUGCCUGCAGGCCCUGGAGGAUGGCCACACGGCUAGUGGCAUGUACCUAGUGAAGCCAGAGAACGCCAACAGACUGAUGCAGGUGUGGUGUGACCAGAGACAUGACCCUGGUGGCUGGACUGUCAUCCAGAGGAGGCUGGACGGAUCAGUCAACUUCUUCAGGAACUGGGAGACUUAUAAGCAAGGCUUUGGAAACAUAGAUGGAGAGUAUUGGCUGGGCCUGGAGAACAUCUACUGGCUGACCAACCAGGGGAACUACAAGCUGCUGGUGACUCUGGAGGACUGGUCUGGUAGGAAGGUGUUUGCAGAGUACGCCAGCUUCAGGCUGGAGCCUGAGGCAGACUUCUACAAACUCAGGGUGGGCCGCUACCAUGGCAACGCCGGAGACUCCCUCACCUGGCACAACGGCAAACAGUUUACUACGCUGGACAGAGACCAUGAUGUGUAUACAGGUAACUGUGCCCACUACCAGAAGGGAGGCUGGUGGUACAAUGCAUGUGCCCAUUCUAACCUCAAUGGAGUAUGGUACAGAGGUGGACACUACCGCAGUCGCUACCAAGAUGGAGUCUACUGGGCUGAAUUCAGAGGAGGGGCCUACUCCCUGAAGAAAGUAUCUAUGAUGAUAAGACCGAACCCAAACACCUUUCAUUAAGUAUCCAUUUCAAAACUAUUUCCUUUCCACAAACUUAAAUUGAAACAGCUCUUGAACUCUGUUACAAUGGAACCUCACACAACCAGAUCAAGAGGACGAUGACAUAGAAAGUGCAAAUAACUAAGCCUUGGAGAAGCAAUAAAGGAGAAGCAGGGUGCAUCAUGUUGCUUCAAA